GUAGUGUUAGGCCUUACUGUCGUAUAGGAUGCAAACAAUAAUCAGAUUCGUUUAGUUUGUAUUUCGAGUGUAAUUUUAUUUUAGAACAAGUUGACGUUUGUAAAAUAAUAAAUAAAUAAUGCUGCUCUGGGUAGAUUGAACAAGUGACUCACAGAUCUUGUGAAUUCGAAAAACGCGGUUAGUGAUCUCGGGAACUUUGUAAUGCUUUCGCUUCGAAGAGAACGUUUAGGCCAAGAAAAUUUCGUAUACCAACUUUUAGACGAUUGUCGCAAUACUAAACGCAACAUAGAAAGCUGUUCUUAAUAUAGUAUCGUAGACACAAGUUGACUUCAGUUGUGGAUUGAUUCAUGCCUGCCAUAUUGAAGUCUUCAUGAAGGUUAUUGCCUGUGUAUACGUUUGUCCCUGAUAUGGAAGAAACCAAAAUUAUAUAUCACAUUGAUGACGAGGAAACGCCAUACCUAGUGAAACUUAAUAUUGCCCCUGAACGUGUUACGCUUGCUGACUUUAAAAAUGUACUUAAUCGCCCCAACUAUAAAUUCUUCUUCAAGUCAAUGGACGAUGAUUUUGGUGUCGUGAAAGAAGAAAUAAUAGAUGAUGAUGCACACCUCCCAUGUUUUAAUGGAAGAGUUGUUUCCUGGCUGGUGUCUGCCGAGGGUAGUAACAUUUCUGAUGGAACCUCUCAGUGCACUGAAAGUGUUGCCCCAUCAGACAUCAAAGUUCCUUUGGAAAGAUCAGCUGACAUCCAUAUCAUUAACCCAGUUCAUGGUGGGAGAACCAACAUAGAAGACACUACAUGCACAGAAACAGAGUCCAUCAUUAGCUCCAGACAAGGCCAUCAUAACAUUCAUAAAGGCUCUAGACAUCAUGGCGAUAAAUAUGAAAAAUACAAUAAAUACAAUGGACUCCGCAUAAAUGGCCACUCAAAACAUCGUUCUGGGCAUGGAUAUGAGUCAUCAUCAAUGCUCAGUUCUGACUUGGAAUCCACUAGUUUCUUGGAAUCUGAGGAUGAUGUAUCCAGUAGAAUUACGACAACAACAGGAAGAGCAACGAAUCUGUCGGUUGACAGGCAAACUCUUGGAACAGAUCACAGUAGUGUUUCAAGACUGCAUUUGGGACGAAGGCGGCCUCAGCGGAGGAGAAGACAUAGAGCUCCACCAGCUGUUUCCAGAACGUCAUCAUUUUCGUCCAUCACAGAUUCUACAAUGUCCCUGAACAUCAUCACUGUUACACUCAAUAUGGACACUGUAAAUUUCCUGGGAAUAAGUAUUGUUGGCCAGAGUAACAAAGGAGGUGAUGGAGGCAUUUAUGUUGGCUCUAUUAUGAAAGGGGGUGCGGUAGCCUUAGAUGGUCGAAUUGAACCUGGUGAUAUGAUACUUCAAGUUAAUGAUAUUAAUUUUGAGAACAUGUCCAAUGAUGAGGCAGUUCGUGUACUUAGAGAAGUUGUUCAGAAACCAGGUCCUAUAAAACUAGUGGUUGCGAAGUGUUGGGAUCCAAAUCCAAAAGGUUAUUUUACAAUUCCAAGGACAGAACCAGUACGACCAAUUGAUCCUGGUGCCUGGGUUGCCCACACAGCAGCAAUAAGAGGAGAAUCAUUCCCUGUGCGACCACCAUCAGUGACUACCCUGACUUCAACCAGCUCGUCCAUCACAUCGAGUAUGCCUGACACUGAACGCCCUUUUGAGGAUCUUCAGCUCUCAGUUAACACAGACAUGUCAGUAAUUGUCAGAGCAAUGGCACGACCUGAUUCUGGGCUGGAAAUUAGAGACAGGAUGUGGCUGAAAAUUACAAUACCCAAUGCAUUCAUAGGUUGUGACGUCGUUGAUUGGCUUCAUAGUCAUGUAGAGGGUUUCAUUGAUAGACGAGAUGCUCGUAAAUAUGCAUCUCAAAUGCUCAAAGCUGGAUACAUAAGGCAUACUGUUAACAAGAUUACGUUUUCAGAACAAUGUUACUAUGUUUUUGGUGAUGUCUGUACAGCCAUGUCGUCAUUGAAAAUACAUGAAGACUGCGUAUCUUUGGACCAUGAUACUGUUGGUCCACUUCCACCUCCAAAUACAAUGCCUGCUUCAUGGGGUGGCUCCCAUAUGCCUUAUUCGGGUACUUACCUCCCGCACACUGCCUCUGGAUAUGCACCUAUGCCAUUCAACUAUACCAAUGAACCAUCUGUGUAUGGAUACACGAGAGAAGACAGUGUACACAGUGGCUCAGGUGGUAGCAGCAACGAUUCGGAAGCUGCAUGCAAGGAAGGCAGUGGAGGUGAAGCAGCUGUAGGGGGAGGAGGAGGAGGAGGAGGAGGAGGUGGGGGAGGAGGCAGCAGUGGCGUCGGGGGAACUGGAAAGUCAGCGGGCAGCUCUGGCGGCAGCGAGGGCGAGGGCGGCGGUGGUAAAGGUCGUCGAUCCGGAGGGUCUCGCUCACGUUCCAGUGGCUCAGAGCGCUCUGUGGCCACGGCUUCCACAGCAGGACCACCACCUUCCCAACAUCGUCAUCCCCUCCAGCACGCUCAGGACCUCUCUGGUAGUAGGCAGUCUUUUCGUAUCGCUAUGGGCAACCCUUGUGAAUUCUUUGUGGACGUGAUGUAGCUCAUCCACAGUGUGCCUGCACAUGAUUAAGCUGCAGAAUCCCCAAAACUGAUGUCAUUGGGUGGACUGAAAUUAUUCUUCUGUAAUGUAGCACUAUGUGCAAGAAAGAAAUAUUGCUGCAUGUAUGUGUACAAAGAGAUGGGCAGUUACUGGUGGAAUUAUAGUACAGCUCAGUUAUAAUCUCGUCAAUUCUGUUGUAUAUAUUAUAACAUUGUGCCUGUCUUCGACUUAUUUUCAGGCAUGUAUGUCUUUUUGUGGUUGAUAGACAGUCGGUAUAGCUUCAGGAAGUAUAGCGAAACAGCUUUACUAACUUGUACAUGAAGAACUGUGAUUAUAUUUUAUGAGUUUGUUGGCCAGAUACUUUCGAAAGUAAGUGAUUUCAUGUGCGAGGUCAUUUAAAUUUUUUUCUGUCAUAAACUGAGGGUAUUUUGUAUGCUUUUCUUUAGUAUAUUCUUGUCAGUUUGCAUUAGGCAGAUUCAGUGGAACAGUGAUUGUUGUAAUUGGAGAUGAUUUAUGAAAACUUUGUGAUAAAGUCGUACUUACUCCUCAUUUUUAUAGGGGACAGACCUUGCAUAUUUUGAUUAGACAUUUGUUGUUCAUCCAUCCGUUCAUUGUUUCACACUUACCAUACAUUUGUAGGUGUGUGCCAUCGGAUAAAUUUGCAUUUUACAUUGAAAGUAAUUUUUUUUUUAAAGUCGGUGUACUAAGACUUCAUUUGAUGACUUUGAAAUCAUUUCAAGUUGUGUGGUUGUGUGUGUGUGUGUGUGUGUGUGUGUGUGUGUGUGUGUGUGUGUGUGUGUUUUCUACCAUGUUACUUAAAGUGGCAGUUUGAUUUGGUACAUUCCAUCUUUCAAGAAGUUGGUUAUUUUUUUCUGAAAUAGGCCUACUGAGUUGCACCUCAUACAACAACUACUGAAGAAGUUAUUACUUCAGUAUGUAGCAGUUUUCUACACAAUAUAUGUGUACUCUGUCUCAUUUUAAGUCAUUUUAAUGAGAGUCUCCUGGAACUAAAUUUUUUAUCAUCAAUUUUCCACGACAGAAUUUUGUUCUUGUGUGUGUAUCAUCAUAGAGUGUAAUUUAUUUUUCAUAUCAUCAGCCCUUUGUUGGGCUGUGUAUGAGGGAUUCAAGAUAAUGUGAACAAUUGCCAGAAACCAUAAUACUUCAGCCUUUUUUGGAAAUUGUGUAUUAUUUAUCUACACAUUUCCUCAUCUUGUUACCCAUCUGUAGUUCACAGGACAGAUUCACAGACAGAUGUUGUAGUUGAACUUAAUAUUGUGAGAUUUCCAUCACAAUGAACACGAGUCAGAAAUGUUUAUUAACUUAACAAUAAAAUCAGAACUUUUCACUGUUUUGGAACCCUUUAUGUGUGCUUUGCUUGGACUUCUGUGUCAUUAUCAUACCAUUUGGCUUCUUCUGAGAGCUGCAUUUCCCUUUUUUAUGCUUGGAACUUCAUACUACAGUGGUUAUUGUCAUGUAUCUGUCAGUUUGUUUUGUACUGUUGUUAUCAAAUUUUGAAGGUGUCAUUGGGGACAGAAAUUGUUUCCUGAACUUUGAUCAUUCCAUUUUUCACAGGUGGGAAAAGACUAAAUUCUAAAUAAUUUUUUUAAAAAAGUGUGUAAUUUGAGUCAGUUUUCAGAAUAGAGAUUUUUGUCAUUUUUACUUAUUUGAUUUGUGACAUUGUUGUAUUGUAAUAUGUACUUACGAUGUAUUUAAUUUUGAUACUGCCAGUGUAUUGUGUUAACCUAAUGGAUGCAAUGAAAUCACUUAUGAAAUCUGUCUUAUCAACAAUAGAAAGACUUUCUUAUGAAGUGGCAGUCUUGUACAGAGAAGAGUGUUCUUUGAUCUUCACUCUCUGAAUAUUUUCUGAACAUAAAAUUUUUCUUCUACAUUGCGUAAUUUAAUGCAUGUGAAUUAGUUGCCUUUGAACUAUGGGUUACUUUUCCUUGCUGUUACCGUAUCUCUUGGUUUUAGUCAGAAAAGAAACAAGGUAUCCUAUUUUUCCCAUUAAAAUCAUGUACAGCCUGACAAAUCUUGUUUAGGAUAAGAAAGAAAAAGUGUUGUUGCUAUUGUAGUGUUUGUUCAGUUUCUUCUUUUGUAAUGUCAAUAAUUGACAGCAUUUUCUUUCUGUCAUCAAAUUUUUCAUCUUGGUUACGUUUCUUUGUGAAAAGUUGAGUGACUUAAAAUGAAUUGUCAUGAUUUUUCAGACUCCAAAAUUUGAUCCAUCCCAAUAAGUAGCUGUAGACAACAGUUUCAGCAUGAUGAUUUACUUAUAAUGUCUUAACCUUUGACCAUAAGUACAAAAUGCACUUACCAUAAUACAGCACUUAAGAUGUUGUUGUACUUACAUUUACAUUUUAUUUCAUGAAGUACCAUCAUGAAAUUUUGUUGAGUACUUAAGACUUCCUUGUAUUUCAUAUACAUUAUAAGUAUCACCUUCUUCAAGGUGUCAUUGGAAUCUACUGUGAAGGGCAGAAAUUUGUAGAAUUCUUCAUAACAGCUAUGAACACUUUUGAAAUCUGAUACUUAAUAUGCAGUUGUGAUAAAAGGAUGAUGAUAUUUCGCAGAAAGAGAGGUGCAGCUAAUUUUUUGCCGUUUGUACAUGAUGAUGUAAGAUUUGAGGAGAUAUCUGGCAGCAAGGGAUAAAACGUGAAGUGUAAUAUCAGUUACUGUGAUAAUAAAACAUGUAGAUUAUUUCAUAACAGUGGCAUAUUUGAAACAUUAAAAUUUGACUGCACAGAGCAUGUGUAAAAAUUGUUUUAACAUUUAUAUUUUUACAUUCAAAUUUGAGCACGCUUCUUGUAAUAUCAUCAUGCAGGAUAACAUGAAUGGUAUAACAUGGAGUUCAUAACAACAUUUCACAAUCACUUAAAUUCUACUUUGUGAUGAAUUAAUACAGCAUAAACUUUGUUAUUAAAAAGGUAAUUUUUGGAUGAUGAUGACGAUGAUGAAUAGUAGAUGCCACAACCAUUAAGUUUGAGGUGUUCCAGUGCUAUGUUUUUGCUUUAAUCAACUGUUUGUGUCCUGUUCAUGCAUGUAUAGAUACCCAUAUAAAGUCUGUUAUGAAUGUUCCUUUGAAGUUCAUGGGAGCUAUUUGAGUUUUCAUGUUCUUCUACAUAAUGUCUACAGAAGCACAAUUGUCAAAAUCUCUUGAAUCAUAAAGAGAUGAUGUGGUAAAUGUACCACCUAAAUAAUCAUAUGUUGCAUUAAGAAAUGCUCGUCAGACUUUUUAAUGUAACUAAAAGGUUCAGGACUGUGAGUGAUUUUUAGUUAGAGCUAUUUGACUGUCUUCUCAGGAGCAGAUUUCCUGAAACAGCUGGGACAAAAAUGAUGAUACACUGAUGUAAAUAAAGUCAUAAUACAUAAA